AUGGUCGCUACUAAAGUGAGAAACUUGAAUGACAAUAUUCAAGUUACUGCUCUUCAAGUAGGGAUCACGACUGACCUCUCAACAGCUGGAGGUAAGCUGUGGGAUGAAUUACAAGGUCGCCUAGUAAGAAAUAUAAAUGAAUUCAACGAAAGAGCGCAAGUAUUUUUGCGCAAAGAGGAAGUAAGAAAUGAGAUAAAGCUGCUGAAGAUUGGCUCGAGAAACAAACCCAACACUGCCAUAGCAAGUACCGUCUCGACAAAGGCUGACAAUCCAAGUAGUUUGAACACCAAAAGAAAAGAUGAUUCCAGGGAAUCAUCUAAAAAUAAGAAGAAACAGAAAAAGAACGGUAAAUAUGAGCCAAUUUACACCGUAUACACCGAGCUUAAUGAAACUCGAGAAAACAUCUUUCUCGCAAAUGAGCACAAGAUUGCAUUUUGCAAACCUAAACCAAUGAGACAUGCGAGACACAAACGUGACCCGAAUAUAUUUUGUCAAUUUCAUAAAGAUAUAGGGCAUACAACUAAAGAGUGUUGGAAACUAAAAGAUGAGAUAGAAUGCUUCAUUGCUCGUGGAUAUUUUGGACAAUAUGUGAAGCACCAAGGAAGUGAACAAAAUCGGGCUAUUCAGCCCAACAGCUUAGAUAACGAAAGAAUGCAGCCUCCCCCUGUUGAGGGCGAGGAUAUAUUGGUUAUCUCGAGAGGGAUGCAUCUCGCUAGAGAGAGUAGUAAUUCCCAGAAGCGAUAUGUCAAUGAAGUCAAAAAUAAUCAAUCGGUGUUUGCUCCGAAACCACUAAAGAGAGCCAAAACAGAAGAACCUCCAAUUGUAUUCUCAGAGGAAGAUACAAAACACGUGAGGUAUGCACACGUCGAUCCUCUAGUGAUUACAGUUCAACUCGCCAACAAGAGGAUAAAAGAAGUGUUGGUGGAUAAUGGAAGCUUGGUAAAGAUCCUUUACAGGAAUAUGUUGAAGAAAAUGGGACUACAAAAAGUUAAAACAUUGCAUGGUGAACUUAUGUUGAUCUACUGGAGAUAG